UGUAACAACAUGUCGGCUGCGUACACCGGCGCUUCAUCGUACGAUUCAACCUGUGUCAAGUCAACCAUAGUAAACACAUAUUUUCCUGUUCGGACUUUUCAAAAUAAAUUCAGUGAUCACAAAGACGUGUUGCAUUUAGUUUUAUGAACAGCGCGCUCUUCCUUCGUGGUUUAUCUGCUUUCUUUGGCCGACUUGACGUAACGGGAGUCGUGCGUCGCUGCGUCGCCGCUAGAGGAGGCGUUGGUGCACCGCACUCCUGCUGCUGUCGCUGGUGCUGGUUCUGCUGCUGUCACAGAGACCGGCUGUCCUGAACCGAAAGGGGGCAAACAACCGACACGGUCCGCUCACCAUCUCAUUCGGAGGGAGUCCCUCUGUAGCUAUUCAGAGAUUACUCACUCAGCUUCAAGAUGAUCAAGAACGGACAUCACCACCACCAAGUGAACACAGCAGCCGGGACAGAUGCAGGGACGAUCCCCGGCGCUGCAGCGUGCAGUCCCGAGAAGAGGAGGCGAAGAAUCCGGGUGUGGUGCGAUGGCUGCUAUGACAUGGUCCAUUAUGGCCACUCCAACCAGCUGCGACAGGCCAAGGCCAUGGGAGAUUACCUUAUCGUUGGAGUACACACAGACAGUGAGAUUGCGAAGCACAAAGGUCCGCCAGUAUUCACUCAGGAAGAAAGAUACAAGAUGGUGCGGGCCAUAAAAUGGGUGGACGAGGUUGUGGAAGGAGCGCCUUACGUCACCACCCUCGAGACCCUCGACAAGUACAACUGUGACUUCUGUGUGCACGGAGAUGAUAUAACACUAACAGUGGAUGGGAAAGACACAUAUGAAGAGGUGAAGAAGUCAGGGCGGUACAGGGAGUGUAAGAGAACCCAGGGAGUUUCAACCACAGAUCUGGUUGGCAGGAUGCUACUGAUGACCAAAGCACACCACAGCAACAUUGAUAGUUCAGACUAUCAGCAGCACACAGACAACUUUGGAAAGAAGGGCCACAGUCCCUGGACGGGGGUGUCUCAGUUCCUGCAGACUUCACAGAAGAUCAUCCAGUUUGCUUCAGGCCAGGAGCCUCAACCCGGAGACACUAUCAUCUAUGUGGCAGGAGCCUUUGAUCUCUUCCACAUUGGCCAUGUGGACUUCCUGGAAGCAGUGCAUAAGCUCUCAGAAAAGCCAUACAUUAUCGUGGGGUUGCACUUUGAUCAGGAGGUGAAUCGUUACAAAGGGAAAAACUACCCCAUCAUGAAUGUCCACGAGAGAACGCUCAGCGUCCUGGCUUGUCGAUAUGUGUCAGAAGUGGUGAUUGGUGCACCCUUUGCAGUCACAAAAGAUUUGCUGGACCAUUUCAAGGUGGAUCUUGUAUGCCAUGGAAAGACAGAAAUAUAUCCUGACAAGGAUGGAUCCGACCCAUAUGCUGAGCCUAGGAGGAAAGGAAUCCUGCAUACUGUUGACAGUGUGAACAGCCUCACUACUGAUGCCAUUGUGCAGAGGAUCAUAAAAAACAGGUUGCUAUUUGAAGCAAGGAACCAGAAGAAAGAGGCCAAAGAGAUUGCUGUGAUCCAGGCCAUGAAGCGACAAGAGGCAGAAAAGACUAAAGAAAGACCCCAGGCUGUGCUGUAGGAAGGCCCCAAACAAGCACCAUCAACUAAGUGUCAACAUAACACUAACAAGCUCAAUUAAUCUAAACUCAUGUACAGUAAAAUCAACCCUUUUAUACGUGUUAUGACACCCUCCACACACGAUCCUGGCUAAUAACAGCAGUCCUUACAGCAGUCCGUUUACAGCCAGGGCCGCAUUGUCUGCUGUGGGAUCAUCAGGUAUAUUCUGUGUGUGUGUGUGUGUGUGUGUGUGUGUGUAUGUGUGUGUGUAUCUUCUGUGUAUUCAUAUAUUCUGCAUAAUAUGCAACUACAUGUUCAUGUCAGUCAACAAUCACACAUACAGACAUCUAACUAUUGAGUUAUGGACAGAACAAUGGAAAAAAGCUGGAGCAAGGAAGAUAUCGCUAUGUCUUCAAAUGUCUAUUUUAUGCGUUUGGAUAUUUUUAAUUAUUUUUUUGCCUUCAAGAAAAAUCUAUUUUAUUUUUUAAGUAUUAUAUCAUGAGAUUUAGACAUGUGAAGGGCCAGUUACCUUGAACUGUAACAAGGAAGAGAUUUGAUUAGUCAUUUCCGUGGGGUUGUUGCUGCUUUCUGCCCAGCAAUGGGCGUGGCCCCACAACUGAUCUAUUCUUGUAUAUACUGUAUGUAUUAUAAAGUGAUUACAGGCCCUCUGGAGGAUGCUAAAACCUCUAGAGAAUCAGGGGAAAAAAUCAUCCCUCUGCAUCUACCUUGGGUUGUUUGGACGUGAGAAGGUGUUGAAACUUUGAUGGACUCUUAUGGGACCUCAUGUACAUAUCAGACCUUGCUCCUAUCAGACUGCACUGAGUGCUCAGAAAUCAUUAGAACUGUUCUGUUUGAUCGGUUCAGCAGGUUUUUAACUCAAAAAAUGCACACUGUCAAGACAUGCACACCUGGCCUUUAUGAGUGCAAUUGCAUUUUUAUUUUUAAACCAACCUUCGAUUUAUCAUAUAAGAGAACACUAAAGAGUUUUAACAGACUGCUUUUAACCUUUAGUUGUCUUAGUAUAACUAGACAGACUACGAGUUGCUCAGUGUUGUUGACUUGAUCAUGAAAUAGACCUCUUACUGUCAUUGAGCCCUGAACAAUUUAACCUCUGUCUCUGUAUCAAAUGGGAUUAAAUAAUAUAUUUUUUGUAGAUAUAUAUUUUACUCACCUCCUCUCCAUUAACUACUGUAUAGAUGAUUUUCAUAUUGUUUAAAAAGCAUAAUAAUAUGUCUGUAUGUGAAGUUGGAAUGUAUUUAGUGUAGGCUAUGAUCUAUAUGUUAUUGACAACCUCGAGUUAACAAAUACUGUAAAAAAUGAUUGAACUACAGUAUACUAUUGCUGAUAAUAACAACAUUUUAAUCUGAAA